AUGGCCGUGCCAUCGCGCCGAACGAAACGGAACAUGUGGCUCAACGAUCCCCAACUACCAAGACAAGUCGACUUUUGCCGAGCCUCUGAGAAGGAACCCCUGCCCCCUGCCUCGAUCAAGGCAGCUGUUUCUUCCUACAUGACAUCGAACAAGACUUGGCUAGGAAUAUUCAACAUGCUCGUCUCUUCCCUCAAAACCAUCGUUACCCUUAGUGUUGCAUUCUAUGCCACCGCUGCGCUGGCGGCUCCCAACGUGCAGAUGGGGGCUGAUGUUCAAGAAUUAUCCGAGAGGAACGAGCCUCUUGAACAAACUGACUUUGACGCCGUCGCUGGACUCGGCGAUACCAUCGAGGCCCGUGGCAAGCCACCUCGCCGCCCCAACAACAACAAUAAUAACCGGAGGCCCGGCCGCAAUGGAAAGCCCAGACGUCCCCCAAAAUAA